AUGGAUCUCGGCCAUGAUAUGCUGGUCGACUCAGACUACGACGAGAAGCAACAAGAUGUAGCCAUAAUCUCACCCGAAGACGACUCGAUGGAGGAAGUCGCGGUCCAAGAGCCUCGCGCCGACGACUUUGCUGCGAUGCGCAACCGCUUCAUGCCCGAAGACCCCGACCUCGAAAUCGAAUCCGAAACAACUUACACAUGGGACAUCAAAGAUUGGCGCACGCUGCCACGCAGACACCACAGUCCAACCUUCCACGCUGGCAACCACCCUUGGAAAGUUCUCUUCUUUCCAGCUGGUAAUAAUGCAAACGAGUCGGUCAGUUUCUACCUCGAACAGGGCUACGGCGAAGAGGACAAGCCCCCGGCAGAUUGGUAUGCAUGUGCUCGCUUCAUGCUUGUCCUGUGGAACCCGAACGAUCCGACCAUCUAUCUACACCAUGAGGCUCAACACCGCUUCAAUCAAGAGGAGGGAGAUUGGGGCUUCACACGUUUCGCAGAAAAGAACAGAGUGUUUGCUACCCGCUUCGACGACAAGGACCGCCCUCUGGUAGAGAAUGAUUCUGCCAAAUUGACUGCCUACGUCAGAGUGCUGAAAGACCCAACUGGUGUUCUCUGGCACAACUUUGUCAACUAUGAUUCCAAGAAAGAGACUGGCAUGGUCGGUCUUCGCAACCAGGGCGCAACUUGCUAUCUCAACUCUUUGCUCCAAUCUCUCUUCUUUACCAAUGCUUUCCGCAAAGCUGUGUACCAAAUACCUACCGAGUCCGAGACAGACGCACGAAACAGCAGCGCUUGGGCCUUGCAACGACUCUUCUACAAGCUACAGACCGACCCCGCUGCUGUAUCGACUAUGGAACUUACUCAAUCAUUCGGAUGGGAAUCUCGCCAGGUCUUUGAGCAACAGGACGUCCAGGAACUUUCUCGCAUCUUGAUGGACAAGUUGGAAGAGAAGAUGAAAGGCACUGAGGCUGCAAAUGUGCUGGCCGAGAUGUUCGUUGGAAAGAUGAAGACAUAUCUCCGCUGCAUCAACGUCGACUACGAGAGUUCUCGUGUCGAAGACUUCUGGGACUUGCAACUCAACGUCAGUGGCUGCAAGACGCUUGAUGACAGUUUCCGCGAUUACAUUCAGGUCGAGACUCUUGAAGGCGACAACAAGUACGCUGCCGAAGGAUAUGGCUUGCAAGACGCAAAGAAGGGUGUCAUUUUCGAGAGCUUCCCUCAGGUUCUGCACCUCCAACUCAAGCGAUUCGAGUACGACUUUGUUAGAGACGCCAUGGUCAAGGUCAACGAUCGAUACGAGUUUCCCGAGAUCUGGGAUGCUUCACCAUAUUUGUCCGAGACAGCCGAUCGCUCUGAGCCAUACAUCUACCGUCUUCAUGGUGUACUUGUCCACAGCGGUGACAUGAACGCUGGCCAUUACUACGCUUUCAUCAAGCCUACCAAGGAUAGCCCAUUCUUCAAGUUCGAUGACGACCGCGUCACUCGUGCCACUCCCCGAGAAGCCAUGGACGAGAACUUUGGUGGUGACUACGCUCCCACUGGUCCUAAUGGCGCCACAAAGAUGCAGAACCCCUUUACUCGCCAAUGGUCGACCAAACGUUCCAUGAGCGCUUACAUGCUUGUCUACAUUCGCGAAAGCCGCAUUGAUCAGAUUCUUGGAGACAGCGACAGCAUCCAACCACCAGCCCAUCUACCCAGCCGUCUCGCCGAAGAGCGUGCUGCACUCGAACGCAAGAGAAAGGAGCGCGAAGAGGCCCACUUGUACAUGAACGUUCAAAUUGCUACAGAAAGCAAUUUCCGCUCCUACCAAGGCUUUGAUCUGGUCGAUUGGAAGUCAACGGAUCAGGAGGAGGCCGUUGCUCCCAAAGUCAUGCGUUGUAAGAAAGCAAUGACAUUAUCAGAGUUCAACGAGCUGGUCGCACAGGAUAUCGGUACUGACGCUGAUCUCAUUCGCCCUUGGGUCAUGGUCAACCGCCAGAACGGCACUGUCAGACCUGACCAUCCUCUCAAUUAUUCAACAAUGACACUCGAGGAAGCCAACGCCAAAUUCCCAACAAGAGCAGCAUCGUUCCGUCUUUUCAUCGAACAGACCACUCGUGGUGAGGACGGCAAGCCGAUCUGGGAUAGCGAGGCCACAGCACCUUCUGCUCCUGCAGCACAGGAGGCAAAGCCUAUCAUUAUUUUCCUCAAGCACUUUGACAUUGAGACCCAGACACUGAAGGGCGUUGGCCACACAUACAUGCUUCAAAGCCAAAAGGUGCAGGAUCUUGCAGAGCCGAUUCUGAAGCUCAUGGGUUGGGAAGCAGGCACGUCGCUCAAGCUCUUCGAGGAGAUCAAGCAGAACUUCAUCGAUGUCAUGAAGCCCAAGCAGACCCUAGGACAAUCCGAAAUUCAGGAUGGUGACAUUGUCUGCUUCCAGAAGGUCACACCUGUGGAAGAGGUUCAAGCAUUCCAACAGAAAUACCCCUCUGCUUACAUCGAUGCAAACUCCUUCUACGACUACCUUCUAAACCGUAUCCGCGUAUUCUUCCUACCGCGUCCUGGAGCACCGCAGAGUGUCCCUCUUGAACAGGGAGCAGACGAGUUUGAGAUGUACCUCUCAAGAAAGGACAGCUACGACACACUGGCAACAAAGACAGCACAACAUUUGUCGACAAUCUCGAAGACGAACAUUGACUCUACCCAUUUACGCUUCACCACCGUCAACGCUCAAAGCGGCAAGCCUAGAGGGCCUGUAAAACGCACACCUACAACGACAGUGCACACCAUCCUUUCUGGCGUUGGUACCGGUGGAUAUGGCGGUGGCUAUGGUUACACAAACCAGUCUCCCGACACGCUGUACUAUGAAGUCCUGGAGAUGAGCCUGACAGACUUGGAACAGCGCAAGACUGUCAAGGUAACUUGGUUGCCCGAAGGAGUAACCAAGGAAGAGACAUUCGACUGCCUUGUGCCCAAGGUCGGCACCUUCGAAGAUGUUCUGCCAGUAUUCCAGAGGAAGGCCAAGCUACCAGAUGAGCUCAUUGAGCAAAUUCGCUUCUACGAGGCUCACUCCGGCAAAGUGUAUAAGAUCCUUGAAAGCCACACGCCCGUCUCUACAUUGAACGAGUUCAUGCAGGUUUAUGCAGAGCGUCUACCAGAGGAAGAACGAGAGGCCUCUAAGGAUGGAACUCCACCUCUUAUUGGAUGUUUCCACUACGACAAAGAGCCCGCCAAGCCUCAUGGCAUUCCAUUCAUCUUCCUCGUCAAGCAAGGUGAAAUAUUCAAGGAUACCAAGGAAAGACUGUCGAAGCGCACAGGUAUCAAGGGCAAGCAAUUUGAGAAGAUCAAGUUUUCAGUCGUCCCUCAUGGCAGCUACUCUCGACCAAAGCCUCUUGAAGAUGACGACAUACUCUCAGAAAGCUACCAAGAGGGCGAUCAGCUUGGCUUGGAUCAUGUCAACAAGGCUCGCAACGCAUGGCUCAAGUAUGAGAGCUUGAAUAUUCGAUAG